AUGCAAAAUCAGAAAUUAAGGGCAAUCCUAAAUGCAGGUACAGUCCUUGUUCUGUUUAUCACAGAGUGCCGAGGAAGCGGAAAUGCUUUUAAUCAGAAGGUGCCUGAUAGAAGUGCCAUGUACAUAGAUGAAGAUAGAGUGGCGUGCAAACUAGGCGGCUUGUACUUUUCAUCUGCUAGUUUUCCCAUGUGCAUCUCCCCCAUGGAGAAAAUCCGUUCUUUAUAUCUUGCAGACAGCAUAGCAGGCCGGUCUGUGCAGCCUCAGCAAUGUACAGCAGAGUCUAGCGCAGAAGAGAGUCUUUUAAGCCAGACAGAUACAGGUGCAGAGCCUCCUAGAGAAAAAAAAAAGAAAAACGGAUGA